AUGGACAACGACCGCAAAAGAUUCGCUAAAGAUUCACUGUUGCCACCAAAACAACAGAACGAAAGCUAUCAACUCUUAGUCAAGUUGUAUCAAGAAACGUGUCAUCUCGAGCAUUGUUUAUUAAAUUCGUAUUUGUACAGAGCAUGUUCGAUCAAAAGUGCACCUGGUGAAUUCGAAAAGAUCGGCGAUAGUGAUAACAAUAUUCGUGCUGGUAUUCAAUUUGAACGUGCCAGAGAAUGGAAACAAAGUAUUUUGAUGGUAGCACACGCAGAAAUGAUACAUUUACACUAUGUUCAAUGUAUGCUAUGUGCACUUGGAGAACUUCCUUGUUUCACACUACCGGAUCGGCAUCCGACGACGGGGAAUUGGUUUAUUCCAAACUGGAGAGCUCAUGUUGGAGAGAAACCAAAUAAUGAAGGUGUACAAGUUCCGAUUGAACCAUUGAGUCCAGAGUGCAUUCAACAUUUUGUUUUGUAUGAAUCGACAGAUGCUCUACAAGAUCAAGAUCCAUUCGGACCAAAAAUUAUGGUUUUAUUUAAACAGUUAUUCGACUUUGAAGUGAAUUUGAACAUUGAAUCAACACUACUGAACGUCGACGAUGAACAAGUGCGAGCAAAAUUAUUCGUAGCAUUAGGUGCAUUACCACCAGUAGAAGAGCUACAUUUUGCCUCGAUUACUGAUUUUUAUCUGCAAGCUGUCGCUCCGUUAUAUAGGCAAGGUUUCCUGCCCGUUGGUCCCAUCUAUAGAAUAUCAUUGCUGAAAUUGUCGAUGAAGGAGAAGGAUUUAAGAAUUUCGAAGAACGUGCUGAAUUUUUAUUUACGUUGCUGCAUGGAAGAGAAAACGUCGAAAAGAGAUGCUCCAACAAAAUACCAAUGGCUAGCUGAUUGCGAACAAUUUCGUCAGUCUCAUCUGUAUCGUUUUGCCAUGAUAAUGAUGGGUAUGAAACAAGAAAUGGAUUUAGCAAACGUUGUCAAUGUCAAAUUCGAUGCUUAUAGACAGCUGGUAAAAAUCGAUCAUAAUGUUACUUUGAAAGAUCUUACUGCUCAAAUACCUUACUAUUUUAAUGCUUGCUAUCUUGUCAUGAUCAUGUGGCUGUCGUGA